GUGGACGGAGUCACUAACGCUGUCGCCUGUGGCUGUACUCCCAAUUGUUUAACACAUCACAAAGCUUCCUGUCACUAUGACACAGUCCAAGGCGCACGCUCGAAUGGACAGCAGGGGCAUCAAACUGCACUCCACCGAGAGGUGACUCACAGGAACUUCACUCGCCAAACUUUGAAUAUGCCAGGACGCAACAAUGAACCUGACCUCCAACAGCACAGAGUCCAGCUUCUAUCUGACCAAAAGCCCCCCAGGAAUGCGAGCCUACCAAGACACAGAUGUUCUACCGGCAAACCCCUGGCCCGAGCGUCAUAAUACGGGCGAAAAUGACACCUUUCUUGGUGGGAGCUCAAAUCUGACAAGCCUGUAUAAUGCCACCCUGGCCCCGACCGUGGCGUACGACCCCCUGGGGGGCCACACCAUCUGGCAGGUCAUCCUGAUCGUCUUCUUCACUGGGCUCUUGUCCCUGGUGACCAUCAUCGGCAACAUCCUCGUCCUGGUAUCCUUCAAGGUGAACAAGCAGCUGAAGACGGUCAAUAACUAUUACUUGCUUAGCCUCGCGUUUGCGGAUCUGAUCAUCGGAGUGAUCUCAAUGAACCUCUACACAACUUACAUUAUAAUGAACCAGUGGGCCUUGGGAAACUGGGCCUGUGACUUGUGGCUCGCCAUUGACUACGUGGCCAGCAACGCCUCCGUCAUGAACCUGCUGGUCAUCAGCUUUGACAGGUACUUUUCAGUCACCAGGCCGCUCACAUACAGGGCGAAAAGAACAACCAAAAGAGCCGUGACAAUGAUCGGACUCGCCUGGUCCAUCUCCUUUGUCCUUUGGGCCCCCGCCAUCUUGUUCUGGCAGUUCUUUGUCGGGGAGCGUACCGUCCUGCCCGGCAAAUGCUACAUACAGUUCCUGUCGGAGCCCAUAAUCACCUUUUGCACGGCGAUAGCGGCGUUCUACUUGCCGGUCACCAUCAUGACCGUGCUCUACUGGAGGAUCUAUAAGGAAACGGAGAACCGGUCCAAAGAGCUGGCCGGUCUGCGAGGCUCGGGAAACCAGGGGGAGACGGCCAACAUCGUCCAGCAGACCGGCAGCUCCCGCAGCUGCAGCAGCUACGAGCUCAACCAGCCGGAGCAGAAGAGCGCCGCCAAGAGGACAGGAGGCCGUCGUUUCCGCUUCUGGCCCCUGAUCAAGGCCGGGAAGCCCAGCAGCGAGGGGGAGCAGGAGCACAGCAGCAGCGACAGCUGGAACAACAACGAUGCCGGGGCAUCCAUGGAUCAGUCCGACUCGGACGAGGAGGAGAUCCCUGAGACCCGUGCCAUCUACUCCAUCGUCCUCAACCUGCCCGGCAUGAAGGCGGCCGUCACCUCCCAGCUCACAUCCUCCGAGGACCUGGACGUGUCCGAGGAGGACCCGCUUAAGUCCAAGGGCGAGGGCAGGGCCUCAGCGAGGGACAGGGGUGACAAGGAGCGCAACAGCUACCACCAGCGCUUCUCCAAGACGCAGGUCCAGUCCAUGCCCUCGAUGGAGACAUCCAAGCCGGCCGGCACGCUGCCCCCGGCCACCAAGUCCCCGUCUGUGCCCAUCUCCUUCAAGGACGCCGCCAUGGCCAAGCGUUUCGCCUCCAAGGCCAAGACGCAGAUCACCAAGCGCAAGAAGAUGUCGCUGGUGAAGGAGAAGAAGGCGGCACAGACCCUGAGCGCCAUCCUCUUCGCCUUCAUCAUCACGUGGACGCCAUACAACAUCAUGGUGCUGGUCAACACCUUCUGCAACGACUGCAUCCCCGAGGCGCUGUGGGCCCUGGGCUACUGGCUGUGCUACGUGAACAGCACGGUCAACCCCAUGUGCUACGCCCUCUGCAACAAGACCUUCCGGACCACUUUCAAAAUGAUCCUGCUCUGCCAGUGGGACAACAAGAAGAGGAACAAGCCGCAGUUCCAGCAGAGGCAGUCCGUGGCCUUCCGCAGAAAGAUCCCGGGAGACUCCUCAUAG